UUCUGGUUUGAUCACUGCGCGCUGUUGACAGUCGCCGAGAGCUGCCGCGAACUCGUGCUUGGUGGCGAUUAAACGGCAUUAAGCGGCAGCGGGCUGUCGUUAUUCGGCUACCGGGGGGGUCGGUGUGCGAGCGCGGUGGGUUACCACUUUAAACAUGUUCACCUAACCCAUCCUGAGCGCUAGCAAUGCGCUCACGAGUUCGUGAGGCGGCCGAUUGUCAUUUUGACUUAGCUCGCGUUCGCUUAGCCGCCACAGGCUAAUUAAUUAACCCGUAGUCUGAGGUAAAUAAUCACUCCAAAUCAGCAGAAACGCAACAAAAAGGCCACGACGCAUCCAGAACCCCGACCCACAGCGAGGACCAGCGCUGUUUCGUCGUCCUGAAUGAACGCGAGGGAUUAACGGCAGGUGGAGCUGUGACAAUUGUGUGUGUAAGAACGUCGGACAGGAUGCAAGGAAACUGAGAAGACACUGGUUCACCAUGACGUCCCCCCCGCCCUCAUCUCAGCCAUAGGAACGCCCACACGCACACACAGAGGAACACACACCAUCACUCUACAGCCCCAGGUGUGUCAGGGUUUGUGAGGUGUGCGGGUGUUGCUUUGAGGGAUCAUGUCUGUGGUCUUCACUCCCGAUGGGAUGAAGGAGGGCGACGGCUCCCUGCCCACCGACGCUCCCGUGGGCAUCCGUGGCAAAAGCAGCCCUUCGGCGCCCGCUAAAGACAUCAGUGCCGACAGCACAGAACCCGACGACAACCUCUCCCAGGAUGCACAGCGACGCUGUCAGAAUCACGGACACACUAGGAAACGAGCCAAGUCGAAUGCAAAGCUAAAACUGGUGAGGAGUCUUGCAGUUUGUGAAGAAUCGUCAGGACCGUUUUCAACCGAUGGUCCUCCAGAAUCACAGGACAUCAUUCAGCUUCACAUCAGCUGUCCGUCUGAUAAAGAGGAGGAGAAAUCCUCAAAAGACGAGUACGAGAAUGAGGAAAGGGAAAAGAAGGAUAAAACUCCACGCAAGAUGCUCUCACGCGACUCCAGUCAGGAGUACACUGAUUCCACAGGGAUUGACGUGCACGAGUUCCUGGUGAACACACUGAAAAACAACCCCAGAGACAGAAUGAUGCUGCUCAAGCUGGAACAGGAUAUUCUGGAGUUCAUAAGUGAUGAGAAUAAUCAGUAUAAGAAGUUUCCUCAAAUGACCUCAUAUCAUCGCAUGCUGCUGCAUCGGGUCGCUGCCUACUUUGGCAUGGAUCACAACGUGGACCAAACGGGCAAAGCGGUCAUCAUCAACAAGACCAGCAACACACGCAUCCCUGAGCAGAGGUUCUCUGAGCACAUUAAAGAUGAGCGCAACAUGGACUUUCAGAAGAAGUUCAUUUUGAAGCGAGACGAUGCCAGCAUGGAUAAGGACGAUAAUCAGAUCCGGGUACCGCUGCAGGACGGCCGUCGCAGUAAGUCCAUCGAGGAGCGAGAGGAAGAGUACCAGCGCGUCAGAGAUCGCAUCUUUGCGCGAGAAUCCUCACAGAAUGGGUACAUCAAUGACAACAGACUGUCCACUGAUGGCUACUCCUCGUCCUCCCAAAAGCGGAGGCAGAUUUUUAGGGGAAACAGGGAAAGCUCCAGCCGGGCGUCCAGCAGUCGCCAGAGCAGCACCGACAGCGACAUGAAGAGCCUGGAACCGCGUCCGUGGAGCAGCACAGACUCGGACAGCUCCAACCGCACGCUCAGACCUCCGGUCACCAAAGCCAGCAGCUUCAGCGGGAUUUCCAUCCUCACGCGCGGAGACAGUCUGGGCAGCAAGGGGUCGCAGGGCAGCGCCAGGGGCUCCCGCACAGGUCUUCCCACAGUCGCUCCGGACAUUUGUACGCCCACUCAGCCGCCCCAGCAGAGCCGUGGCCUCCUGCCGUGUCCCCCAAACUGCCCCUCCGGAGCCCCUCAGCCCCAGAGCCAACCGCCCGCCCCGCCGCUGCUGCCCACCCCAACUCACACACACGCACACACACACACUCACACGCAGCACGCACAGCACGCCAUCAGCGCACACAAUCACAUGCUGCCUCAGCCGGUGGCGUCUCUGCAGCCGUCUGCGCAGGCUGUGUCUUACUCAAACCCUUCGUGCCCUCAGGUCAUCCUGCCUGUUUCUCCUUCCCAGCAGUACAACAUGGGAGAUGAACUGACUCCAGGUUUCGGGCAGAUGUCUUUAAGCCGUCAGGGCUCCAGCGAGGCACCGGAGCCGCCCGGCCUUUACCAACCUCCGCCCGCCGUACUAUCCCAGCAUCCUCCACCCCAGCCCAGCUACAUCAUGCCCCCACCGCCCUCUGGAUACCAGCCCGCCGCUCCACACCCACAUCCACCCCCACCACCGCCUCCGCCAACACAACCCAUCCUACAGACAGCACCGCCCGCACAGGGAUACAUGCAGCCGCCACCUCCACCGCAGCAGAUCCAGGUUCAGUAUUAUUCCACUGGAGGACAGUAUCCGAAUUCAGGCCAGCAGUACCGUUCCAUCUCUCACCAGGUGUCGUACCCCGCACAGCGCUCUCAGCCGCUGCCUCCGCCGGCGCAGCCCUCUGCUCCUCUCCAGCCCAUGAUGACCAAUCAGCAGCCUGCGUACCAGGGCAUGAUGGGAGUCCAGCAGCCUCAGAGCGCCAGCAUGAUGAACACGCAGCGCACGGCCAUGAACGGACAGAUGCAGGGCAUGAUGGUUCAGUACCCUCCCAUGCCCUCCUAUCAGGUGCCUGUAGCCAAUGAGAGUCAGUCUGUGGUGCAGCAGCAGUACCAGCAGCCCGUCAUGGUUCCCGCCAGCCAGUCCGUACAGGGAGCCAUGCCGACCGCGGCACCCAUGCCCGUCUACUAUGGCGUACUGACACCCACACAACAGAACAGCACAAGUCCAUCUGUGGGUUACCUGCAGCCGCCCAGUUCAGAUCAGUACCAGAUGACCCAGUCUGCCUCACCCUGCAGCCCACAGCCAAUGCAACAGCAGUAUUCAGGGGUCCCUCCUCCCGGUCCUGGUGUGAUGGUAAUGCAGCUCAGUGUCCCUAACGGACCACAGCCAACCCAGAAUCCUCCACUGGUUCAGUGGAACCCCUGCAAGUACUACAGCAUGGAGCAGAGACCCAGCAAGCCUGAGCCGCAGGUCAGCACUCAGCUCAGCAGCCCGCUGGCGUCUCCCACACAGUCUCCGGCUCCCUCUCCGUCUGGCAGUGUGAACACCGUGUGUCCGGGUCUCGGCCCGCUGCCUCUCAUCUCACAGUUCCCUCGGCCUGGGGGGCCAGCACAAGCAGAUGGACGCUACUCUUUACUGGGUCAGCCGCUGCAGUACAGUCUGUGUCCUCCUCCCAUCAUGCACAACCACAAUCAGUCCUCCUACAGCUCCCACCAGAGUCAGGGAGUGAUGAAGCACGGAGCGCGGGGUAAAAGACAAACGCUCAAAUCUGCCUCUACAGACCUCGGAACUACUGACGUGGUGGUGAGUCGGGUGCUGGAGGUGACCGACCUCCCCGAGGGCAUUUCUCGUCCGGAGGCCGAGAAGCUCUUCAACCAGCUCUCGCUCUGUGGCGCCAAGAUCCAGUGGCUGAAGGACCCUCAGUGUCCCCGGGGCCCCGGUGGAGGACGGGGAGACGCCAACGACCCCGCAAACCUCUACACCGUGGUGGCCGUGUUCCCCAACACCAUGGCGGCCCAGAGCGCCUCCUUCAAACUCAACAACAGCGGCGGGAGUUUGUUCAAACUACGCGCCACCAAAAAGAACUAUGACUUGCGCGUGCUGGAGCGAGCGAGCUCACAGUGAGUCGGGAGAGAGAGAGAGACCGCAGGACGGAGAGGAAGUCGAAGAUGUCAAAGGGAAGAGAUCAUCCUGGUGUUCCUUAGGGAUCUUUUUUAUUGUUUUGUAUCAUUGACAGAAGAGCACAUGUGACGCAGAAGCGCGGCGCGUUGUAUGUGUAUCGUAUGACGUGCGCACGCUCACACACGCGGGCGUCUUAAAGGGACGGUUCAGAUGAAAACGAAAAUUCAUUCUCACGUUCAUGUCGUUCCAAACCUGUGUGACUUGUUUUGUUCUGUGGAAGAGAAAAAUAGAUGUUUUGAUGAGGCAUUUUCAGUUCCCAUUAACUUUAUGAAAAUACUAUGGAGGUCAGUGGCCAAAACUUUUUGAUGGCCAACAUUUCAUUGCCAGCUCUUUUAUGCUUUUUUAUGUGUGUUCUGCAGAGAAAAGAAAGUCAUACAGGUGUAGAACAACAUGAAGGUAAGUCAUGACACAAUUCUGAUUUUUGUGCAAACUAUCACUUUAAAGAGAUAAGUGAUAGUUUGGCCAAAAAUUAAAGUCAUCCAAACUUGUCUGACUGAAUUUUAUCUUUGAAACUUAAAAGAAGAACGUUGGGAAUCGAACGGUUUUGGUUUCCGUUGAUUUCCAUUCUAUGGAAACCAGUGGGAACCUGAAAUGUUUGUUUGCCAGCAUUUUUUAUAUCAUGCUUCUGCGAAAGAAAGAGAUGUUUACAAGUGUAUAACGACAUGAAUGUGAAUAAAUUAUAGAUUUUUAAUUUUUGGGCAAGCUGAAAGGAUAGUUUGACCAAAAAUUAAAUUUCUGUCAUCAUUUACUCUCAUUUAUGACGUUCCAAACACGUCUGACUGAAUUUCCUCUCUGAAACUUAAAAGAAGAUAUUUUGAAGGAUGUCGAAAAUCAAACAGUAUUGGUUUCCAUUGACUUCCAUUCUUUGGAAAUACAAUGGAAGUCAAUGGGAACCGAAUAUGUUUGUUUGCAAGCAUUUUUUAUAUCAUGCGUUUAAGUGUGGAGUGACAUGAAUGUGAGUAAAUGAUAGGUUUUUUGGUUUUGGGUGAGCUAAACGGAUAGUUUGACCAAAAAUUUAAUUUCUGUCAUUUCCUCACAUUCAUGUCUUUCCAAAUCAGUCUGAAUAUAGAAUAUCUUAAGAUAUUCUGAAGAAUGUUGGGAAUCAAAACUGACUUGCGUCACAGUUUAUGGAGAUCAGUGGGAACCAAACAUGUUUGCCAGUGUUUUUUAUAUCAUGCUGCUUUUGAAGAUGGAAAUGCAUACUUACAUGUAAUGACAAAUAAUGACCGGUCAUUUUUGGGUGAACUAUCCCUUUAAAAGAAUAGUUCAGGCAUAAAUGAAGACCUUGUCUUCAUUUCAUUCCAACCCUGUUUGACGUUAAGUAGAGCACAAACGGAAGGUUUUUGAAGAUCGUUCUUUGAGAACUUUAGAACAUAUAUCGAGCACUGAAAAAGUAUUACAGAAAGGUCCAUAUGAGCAAAAGUCAGUGGUGUUUGUGUUCCGGUCCGUAUGACUUUCACAGAUGGUCAGCGACUCCCAUAAAGCCUCAUGUGACUUCAGAAGACUUGGAAUAUGAACACGACUGGCUUUUUGGUACUUUAUUCUCAUUUGUGGAGCUCGACAGGUUUAUAUGAGCAAAUAAAGCUCUGAUGUUCUUCCAGAACAGAAGAAAAGAUGUCAAGCAGGUUUGAAACGUUAGAAGAAUCGCUGGUUUGAUCUGAACCGUCCCUUUAAUUCGCCGUCGAAGCCUCGUCUCUCCACGCGCUCAUGUUUUUCUCCAUCCGUCUCCGUCUGUCUCUCUUCCUCUGGCGAGCUCUCUCUCCUCAUCUUCUCUCUCUCACGUUGUUCACUUUGGAUUUCUUCCUCUUUCACUUUCGAGCGUUUCUUGCUUUCUGUUUUGCCUUAACGCUGUUGUGGACUUCUGUAUCGCGCUGUUUAUUUUCUCUCUCUCUCUCUCUCUCUCUCUCUCUCUCUCUCUCUCUCUCUCUCUCUCAGAUGAAUCUUCUUUUCUCGGUUCAGUAUAUUUAUAUAAGUGAUGUAAGGAUUAUAAGAAAUAAUCUAUAUAUUCAGUGAUUCUUUUCCCGUGGAUAAGUUGAAGCUCCUUUUCCCGGCCCUUUGCUCCCCUCUCUCGCGCCUCCUCCUCCUCCUCCUCCUCCUCCUCUCCUCGUUGUGUUUGCGUUUUUCCGUUGACAGCUGUGCAGAAAGUAUCUGAGGUAUUUAAAAGUGCACAAUGAUUGCGAAUGUCUACUGUAAAUUCCAUUUAAUCUGUUAUUUUUUGUUUGUUUUUAAAAAUAUAAAAUAACUCCAA